AUAGCCGUACGAGAUUUUUGCUUCGGUCUAGUCAGCCACUCAGAUAUUGAACAUUCCAAAGGCCGGUCUCCUCCUUUUCGGUGUUCUUUGUAGUCGCUCGCUGCACCUAAUAAAAACAAAAAUGCUGUCUGCUGCCAGAUUGAUCGCCCCUGCAGCUAGGUCUGCCAUCUUCAGCAACACAGCACUUGUGAGGCCCCUGGCUGCAGCGACCACACAGAAACAGAUUGUACCUGUGGCGGCGCCUGCCCAGAUGCCCGCUAUCAGGGCCUUCCAGACCACAGCGGUCACCAAGGAUAUUGACUCCGCAGCCAAGUUCAUUGGUGCUGGUGCAGCGACAGUAGGAGUAGCUGGCUCCGGAGCGGGUAUCGGAACAGUGUUUGGUUCCCUCAUCAUUGGUUACGCCAGGAACCCCUCUCUCAAGCAACAGCUCUUCUCAUACGCCAUCUUGGGUUUCGCCCUGUCAGAAGCCAUGGGUCUCUUCUGUCUUAUGAUGGCCUUCUUGUUGCUGUUUGCUUUCUAAGCCAAUUACUUUUAAGAACACUACUACUGCCAUCCGACAUAGCGAGGUUUCAGUGUUUACUAUCUGGAGUGGACGGCCGUGGAAUCAAUUGUGUGGAAACCUCACCCUCAUAGUGGUGUAAGGACUGUGUAAUUAUGUUUCACCAGUGCAACAUCAGGAAUGCGAUUUAUUUAAUUAUGUAGUAUAAAUUCUGCUAAUAAAACAUUGUUUUUGAACAUUUAAUGAAUACUACAAUUAUUCCUAUACCUGAUUAUUGUAGAGUUAUGAAAAAUCAUGUUUUUGAUAAUCUCUCAGUAUAAUUGUUGAAGGGCAGGUGAUGAUAUUUUAAGCCAGUUAGCGUGUAUUGCGUGUGUAUUGUCAUCAACUUCACUUGUUAUACUGUUUGGGAAUGUCGGCAUCUGUAUUGUACAUUUUUAGGGCGAUUAAAUGAUACAAACUAAACGUU